AUGUUCCGAAACAACUACGACAACGACUCGGUCACAUUCUCGCCACAAGGAAGAAUAUUUCAAGUCGAAUAUGCGCAAGAAGCUGUCAAGCAAGGAUCGGUGGUGGUUGGGAUUAGAAACGCUGAAGAGCUGUCGUCAUACCAAAAAAAAGUUAUCGCCAUUGAUUCACAUAUGGGAAUCGCCAUUGCGGGGUUAGCUUCCGACGCCCGUGUCCUGUCCAACUUCAUGAAACAACAAUCCUUGUCCUCAAAGAUGACAUAUGGCCGCCCUAUUCCCAUAGAACGCAUUGUUAGUCGGAUUGGCGACCGCGCCCAGACGAAUACGCAGCAUUACGGGAAAAGACCGUAUGGUGUAGGAUUAUUGGUAGCUGGGGUGGACGAGGCCGGACCACAUCUGUUCGAAUUUCAGCCCUCUGGUAUGACACAGGAAAUGCUUGCGUGCGCAAUUGGAGCAAGAAGCCAAAUGGCACGGACAUACUUGGAGAAACAUUUGGAUGAAUUUGCGGACUGUGGGCGGGAUCAGCUCAUUAACCACGCUCUGAAGGCCUUGAAGGAGAGUUUGUCCCAAGACAAAGAGUUAACGAUCGACAAUACCACGGUUGGUGUUACCGGAGUUGGUACGGGCGCAGCGAAAGGGAAAACAGAGACUUUCAAGGUAUAUGACGGUCAAGAGGUUACCUCAUUCUUAGAAGUCAGUGCAGGAGAAGCCGUCCCUUCCACUACGGAACCCCAAGAGGGAGAAUCGAUGGACGUGGACUCUUGA